AUGACAGCUACAAAAGCUUUCAACAAGUCUGGUAAGAGGUGUUCAAUUGGUGCAGAAUUAUAUGUGAAUCUCUUCCGCCGCCAUUUUAAAUCUAGCUCCAUACAACGCUCCGCCACCGCCACCCGGACUACGCGCCAGCACCCUUCGACCGACCAUCCCGCCACCAUGGAGGACAUGAACGAGUAUAGCAACAUAGAGGAAUUCGCAGAGGGAUCCAAAAUCAGCGCGAACAAGAAUCAGCAGGAUGACGGUAAAAUGUUUAUUAGAGGCUUGAGCUGGGAUACGAGCAAGAAAGAUCUGACAGAGUAUUUGUCUCGAUUUGGGGAAGUUGUAGACUGCACAAUUAAAACAGAUCCAGUCACUGGAAGAUCAAGAGGAUUUGGAUUUGUACUUUUCAAAGAUGCUGCUAGUGUUGAUAAGGUUUUGGAACUGAAAGAACACAAACUGGAUGGCAAAUUGAUAGAUCCUAAAAGGGCCAAAGCUUUAAAAGGCAAAGAACCCCCUAAAAAGGUUUUUGUAGGUGGACUGAGCCCAGAUACUUCUGAAGAACAAAUUAAAGAAUAUUUUGGAGCUUUUGGAGAGAUCGAAAAUAUUGAACUUCCCAUGGAUACAAAAACAAAUGAGAGAAGAGGGUUUUGUUUUAUCACAUAUACAGAUGAGGAGCCAGUAAAGAAGUUGUUAGAAAGCAGAUACCAUCAAAUUGGUUCUGGGAAGUGUGAGAUCAAAGUUGCACAACCCAAGGAGGUGUAUAGGCAGCAACAGCAACAACAGAAAGGAGGAAGAGGUGCCGCAGCUGGAGGAAGAGGUGGUACUAGGGGUCGUGGCCGAGGUCAACAGAGCACUUAUGGCAAGGCAUCCCGAGGAGGUGGCAAUCACCAAAAUAAUUACCAGCCAUACUAAAGGAGAACAUUAGAGAAAGCAGGAGAUGCUAAAGAAACCCAUCUUACAGGACUACAUUGAAGAUUUGGUCUUCUGUUGAUCUGAUUAUUUUGUAAAGACUUUCUAGUGUAUAAGACACAAUUGUGUCCAACUUUAUA